UAGAACAUACAAUUGAGUUAUACUAUUAUGGUCGAUAUAUAAGUCCGUCGAAAGUCACAAGAAAACCACUUCAAUCGUUUCAAAUAGUCUCUAAGUAAGCAACUUUCCCAACAUUUAAAAAUUGUAAAAAUGAUGUAUUACUGUAUUUUAAUACCAUUCACCUUUGUGCAUAUUUUGGCAGUUGAUCCGAGUAAUGCAGUUACUGCGAGUGAUUAUCUUAAAGAGGUUGACGUUACGAACAGGAUCAUCGAGGCUGCUCGUCACGUUUAUGUUGCUAAUGCAGGCCAGAAUGGGUUUGAGUACACAAUUAAAAGACUUGUUGUUCUCUUUCAUAAAGACUAUAAAUUGGACCAAUUGAAUUACAUGUUGGCAAUACCGGAUCACGUGCAUAGAUACUUCGAAAGAUACAUUAAAUUCCAGGACAAAAUGCAGUAUGAAAUAAUGAGUGCUAUAGUCAUCGAUAGGCCUACGGCAAGAGAAAAUCCAGUUGAAAGUUUGCAAAGUCUUGGAGAUAAAAGAAGAAGAAUGACUAGACAAGCUAUAAAAAAUCUGCUCUUCAAAGAAAUGAUGAAAUUGAUAUUUAACCAAGAAGGAGAUUUCACACUUAUGCAGAAAUGUUAUUUUAUUGGAUUGGGAUUGAGUACAAAAGAUGGAAUCGAUUUUACAAAAACUGUUACGAUGCAAAAUGAUACUUUUUGUGUCAUAAAAAGUGUGAACGGCAUUUUUCAUAAAUACAUUGAGUUUGAAAACAACCUUUGGGAAGUAAGAUACAAUCAAGUUAAUAUUAGAAUAGGAAAAUUUCUUGAUCAAUUAAAUGAGUUCGAUUAAGUAACAUUUGGGUAAGAAAUAACAUUACAAUUAAGUUUGUUUUUUAUAACUAAUACUGUUGAUUAAUACUACUGUCAUUGUAUUUAAAUAUUUGUUUGCACACUACACUAAUUUUCUCAUUGUCAAAUAAUUUAAUGUCAUAAUAAACGUUUUUGCUCAUUAUUUCAAA